AUGCCAACAGGAAUCUCGACCAUCGCCGGCCCCGAAGCCCGCGAGCAGGAAUCGGGAUGCAUCAAUCCCUCGUCCAUGUGGAGCUGUGCGCUCCCGAAGGAGCAACAGGCCGCUAACGAGCCCUAUGCUGCGAACCAGCCUAACUUCCGUGUCGAGAUUCGCUUCCAGAAUGGGAGCUACGAUCACAGCACGGCAAUCGCAUCGCGGUCUUUACACUCGCAGAUGCUCGCACGGAGCGCAAACCAGCUCUUUAACCCUAGCCCCUCACCACCGUCAAGUGCCGACCAGACCUUUCUUGGCCGAACCACAGACGGGAACUCGGAACCCUACGCAGGCGAGGAGACACCAUUCUACAUCACCCUCCUAACAACCGAGCACCUCUCCUCCCAAUUCACCAAGCGCCAGCGCAACAACUCGACUAGCUCAAGCAACGACACCGACACGCAAGCCGACCCUUUCCCCGACGUCGGCUCCCUAAUCCCCUCACCAGCAACAGACUCUGACGGCUCCGCGGCCGCCGCAGUCCUCUACCCGCACCCCUCAUCGCAGCCCGUCCGCCUCUAUAACCGUGACAAGGACAACGAGCACUACGGGUUCUACACGUACUUUGACAAGUCCAUCUUCCUCGCCUCUCAUACCCCGCUCACAGGGAGGAAGGACAAUGUCGCAAACGACACGGACGGGGGCUCGACGAGAGAGGACGCUCGCGUGCGGUGUACUUGGUCACAGACACGCUUCCUCGUACAGAUCUGGACAAAGGGGGAGAAGACCGGCAAAUCGCUCUUCAAUCGAGCCGCGGCGAAUUCUACCUCUGACUCCGAUUCAGACUCCGACUCCAGCGAAACCUCAGCCGCCGUAUCGUCAGCAACAGACUUUACCCGCCCCGGCUCCUUCCCGUACCCCGUGACAAUCACAAUUGACCGACACGGCGGGCAGACGACGCGGAAAAUGGUCUAUUGCUACGGAAUGGAAGAGGAUACGCAUGUCAACGGGACCGAGAAGAAAUUCCAGAUUGAGGACCGGGCUGUUAAUGGGGAACUCAUCAAUCCUGCACCGGGGAUCUUCAAUCUCACGAGUCCAGACUCCGGGAAUGAAGAGGGAGGGAAUGAGGGCGGGUAUGAUGGGGGGACUGGCGGGUGUGGAUGUCAGUGGGUUAAUUGGGUUGGGAGUGAUUGA